AUGAUGCGCCUCCGACGCUACCGGUUGUUCCUGCUGGUGGCUGUUGUCGCCGUCGUGGCAGUCUACCAGCUGACUCGGUUCAAUCACUGGGAGAAUCCAGCCCUCGAGGCACUCGUGGGAUUGAAGAACGAUCACGCUAGCAAGAAAAUUGUUCCGAACACAGGUUUAUCGGAGGAGAUUUCUAGCCCUGUUUUUGCUCCUGAUUCUGCUCCAGAAGUGCCCGCUGAGCCUCGGAUACAAUCGGCGCAUCCUGCCCUACCACCGGUCGAGAUCGCAGAAAACGCUCCUCUCCCUCCACCUCUACCAGAAACAGAUUCAUCGCUGUCGAGUCCUUGGCCGAAUUCACCGCCCACGUUGCCUAAAGAAGAGCUGCUCGCCAAGCAGCCGAACCUUGAUGGUGAAGAAGUUGGUGAACAUGGUCAAGGCGAGCAUGGAGUCAGAACUCAGCCCGUGGAGCCAGGGAGAGCAUAUUGGACACAACAGGAAGAGCAUUUCCCAAUACCGCCCGAGAGUCUGAUACUGCUGCCAGCCGGCGAAUCUAAGGUACUCCCCAAAGUGCAAUACAACUUUGGCAGGGAAAAGCCUUCGAUAAAGAGAGAUCGGCUUCGAAAACAGAACGUAAUCCGUGAAGCAUUCAAGCAUGCUUGGUUCAGCUAUAAGAAUUACUCUCUGCCUCACGAUGAGCUCAAGCCCUUAUCAAAAGAUGUGGGGGAUCCGUUCAACGGCUGGGGCGCGACUCUGGUGGACUCGCUGGACACCCUUUGGAUCAUGGGAUUGCGUGAUGAAUUUCACGAAGCAGUUGCCGCGGUGGGCAUGAUCGAUUUCAAGACAUCUGCAAGAGACGACAUUCCUCUCUUUGAGACGACAAUCCGUUAUCUCGGUGGGCUGAUUGCAGCUUACGAUCUAAGCUCGGGGAAAUACCCAGUCUUGCUUGAUAAAGCGGUCGAACUCGCCGAUGUUCUGAUGGGCGCCUUCGAUACCCCCAACAGAAUGCCUGCGGUUUUCUAUAAAUGGGCUCCCUCGUCUGCGUCCCGGCCACACAGGGCCAGCGAGCACACUGUGCUUGCAGAAAUAGGGUCGCUCGCGGUCGAAUUCACAAGACUAGCUCAGAUUACCAGGGAAGCCAAGUAUUACGAUGCGAUCGCACGCGUCACCAAUGCCCUGGAGGAGUGGCAGAUGAAAACGACUUUUCCAGGCCUUUGGCCGUUGAAGCUGGACGCGUCCGGCUGUAAAAAGCGCCAAAUCAUUUCAAGUGACGACGGUGAAGGAUCGGAGGCCUUUACCUCUGUAGGGCCGAAAGAUGGCCGUGAAGAGUUGUUUGCAGCGGAGGGAGCAGUCACGGACAAUCGGCGUAACCCCGACGAGAAUCCCUCGUAUGCGUUGACUAAGCGACAACAGCUUUCAUCACCACCCCGGAACGGAGAAUCGGCGCAGAGGGAUAGCAGACUGACUGCAGCUGAACAGAAGCGCAAGCCGCUGAUCGAUGCAGAAUGGGAUGAAGCGGACGUGGACGACUCCCGUUGUGAAUCACAGGGUCUGACGACUGAGCCCGAUUCGACCACCCACACUUAUGGAAUCGGCUCGAUGGCGGAUUCCACGUAUGAAUACUUUCCAAAGGAAUAUGCCCUUCUUGGCGGGCUGAACCAGCAGUACAAAAGUCUUUAUCUGGAUGCCAUGGAAAUUGUCCGGGAAGAACUACUGUUCCGACCCAUGACAAAGGAGAACCAUGAUAUUCUUUUUCUGGCAAAGCAAAACAUUUCGCCCAAGGCCAAAGAUCCUGCCAAGAGAAAAGUCACAAUCUAUGAAGGCACCCACCUGGGAUGUUAUGCAGGGGGCAUGUUCGGCCUAGCGUCGAAGCUUUUCAACAUUCCUUCAGACAUGGUUAUUGCAGAGAAGCUCACCGACGCCUGCGUUUGGGCUUACGCAUCCACCCCCGUGGGGGUCAUGGCCGAAGAAUUCGAGCUCGUGCCCUGCGAGAGUCGUAUCUCGUGUCAGUGGAAUGAAACCAGGUGGUAUGAGGCGCUGGACCCGAAGCUUGAGGAGAGAAUGCGGGCCGUCGAAACUUACAAUAUCAAUCAGAAGAGGCUACGCGAACAAUCACUGGCUGGUGUGGACUAUGUCCUGGCUGACGAAGAUGAUUUGGAUGUCUCAAGUAUGACACCGGACCCCAGCUUGAAGAAGAGAGAUACGCGGACAGAUUUCGGAGAGAAAGAACGGACAGAGACAAUUUUCUCUGACGAUGGGGAUACACAAACAGAAGGACUGCGGCCCGUGCUAUUCACGCCGCGGGUGGCGCUGUCUCACGAAAAGUACGUCGCAGCCAAAAUACAGGAGGAGCGAUUGCCUCCAGGGUAUACACGAAUCAAGGCGCGUGACUACCGACUUCGUCCUGAGGCUAUCGAGUCGGUGUUCAUUAUGUACCGACUGACCGGAGACGAGACGUGGAGAGACAAAGGAUGGGCUAUGUUUGACGCCGUCGACAAGGCAACGAGGACGGACAUUGCCAACGCUGGCAUUAGAGACGUGACCAGCCAAUUGAUGGAGCAGCAAGAUUCUAUGGAAUCCUUCUGGCUCGCAGAGACAUUGAAGUAUUAUUAUCUCUUGUUCAGCGAACCGGACCUGAUCAGCCUGGAUGAUUACGUUCUGUAA